AUGCAGAGAGCUUUCCCCUCGCUUCCACUUUGUCUGGUCACGGUUCUGUCCUUGUCCCAGCUUUGUUCUGGAAUCAAAUGGCUGGCUUUAUCACAGACACCACCAACCUUGCAUAUCAAUAAGACACAGCACUGCAAGAUGCUACCUGGCCUGGUCUCUUCUCAAGCCCAGUUGUGCCGAAGCAACCUGGAGCUCAUGCAGACCAUUAUCCAGGCAGCCCGGGAGGUCAAGAAGACCUGUCAGAAGACCUUUGCUGACAUGCGGUGGAACUGCUCCUCCAUAGAUACCCCCAAAUAUCUGCCAGACCUGGAGAGAGGAACGAGGGAGGCAGCGUUUGUGUACGCUCUGUCAGCGGCUGCCAUUAGCCACACCAUAGCUCGGGCUUGCACCUCUGGUGAUUUGAGGCUGUGCUCAUGCGGGCCUAUACCCGCGGAAAUCCCUGAGCCUGGGUACCGCUGGGGCGGCUGUGCUGACAACUUGCACUAUGGCCUUGUCAUGGGCUCCAAAUUCUCUGACGCCCCGAUGAAGAUGAAGAAGAAGUCGGGUUCUCACGCCAACAAGCUGAUGCAUCUACACAACAGCGAAGUGGGGAGACAGGCCCUGAGAGAUGCCGUGGUGAUGAAAUGUAAGUGCCACGGUGUAUCAGGUUCUUGCUCCAUACGCACCUGCUGGAGAGGCUUGCAGGACCUGAAAGACAUCGCCAUGGACUUAAAAACAAAGUACCUGUCCGCAACCAAGGUUGUACAUCGGCCCAUGGGCACGCGCAAACAGCUCGUCCCUAAAGACAUCGACAUCCGGCCGGUCAGAGAGAACGAGCUGGUCUACCUUCAGAGCUCCCCAGACUUCUGCUCCAAGAACGAGAAACUGGGUUCUGUUGGCACCCAGGGCAGGCAGUGCAACAAGACGUCCAGUGGCAGCGACAGCUGUGACUUGAUGUGUUGUGGCCGAGGUUAUAACCCCUACACGGAGCGGGUGGUGGAACGCUGCCACUGCAAGUACCACUGGUGCUGCUAUGUGACCUGCAAGAAGUGUGAGAGGACUGUGGAGAGAUAUGUGUGUAAAUGA